CUCGCUCGCCUCCUGUUGCCGCCCUCGAGAGACGUCCGAGAUGUUGGCCCACUCCGCGCUGGCCGGCUCUGUCUGCUCUGGCCUGAGGAAUGCCUUUAAGGGAAGGAAUGCCCGCAUUUUCGCUAGAUUUUUGGGUUCUUCUCCAGUUCGAAAUGUGGCAGGCAUGGAACAAGAAUCUGAACUGCGUCCCUUGUACUUAGAUGCCCAGGCAACCACUCCAUUAGACCCACGUGUGCUAGAUGCUAUGCUACCUUAUCUUACACAUCAAUAUGGAAAUCCUCACUCUCGCACUCAUGCCUAUGGUUGGGACAGUGAGAAAGCAAUGGAAAAGGCUAGACAGCAAGUUGCUGAACUUAUUGGAGCAGACAAGAAAGAGAUUAUAUUUACAUCAGGGGCCACAGAGAGUAAUAACAUCAGUGUCAAAGGUGUUGCCAGAUUUUACAGGUCCAAGAAACGCCAUGUGAUCACUACUCAAACUGAACAUAAAUGCGUCUUAGACUCCUGCCGUGCUCUUGAGAACGAAGGCUGGGACAUAACCUAUCUUCCAGUACAGUCGACAGGUCUGAUUUCUCUUGAAGAAUUAGAAGCAGCCAUUAGACCUGAUACUGCUCUGGUGUCUGUCAUGAUGGUUAACAACGAAAUUGGAGUGGUUCAGCCUGUCAAAGAGAUUGGUGCAUUGUGCCGCUCUCGCAAGAUAUUUUUCCACACAGAUGCUGCUCAGGCUGUGGGUAAGAUACCCAUCAAUGUAAAUGAACAGAAUAUUGACCUAAUGUCUAUUAGUGGGCACAAAAUUUAUGGGCCGAAGGGCAUUGGUUGUCUGUAUGUUCGCCGACGCCCAAGGGUUCGCGUGGAGGCCUUGAUGAGUGGCGGUGGGCAGGAACGUGGCAUGAGAUCUGGAACUGUGCCAACCCCUCUUGUCGUUGGCUUAGGUGAAGCAUGUGAAAUUGCGAAGAAGGAGAUGGAGUAUGACUCUCAGUAUAUAAAAAAGCUGUCAGACACACUGGUUCACUCCAUUAUGUCAAGAGUUCCCAAUGUCAUCAGGAAUGGUGAUACAGAACACACAUACCCUGGUUGUGUAAAUCUCUCCUUUGCUUUUGUAGAAGGUGAAAGUUUGCUGAUGGCACUGAAGGACGUGGCACUCUCCUCGGGGUCAGCUUGCACUAGUGCCUCUCUGGAGCCUUCAUAUGUUUUAAGGGCCAUUGGAACAGAGGAGGACCUGGCCCACUCAUCCAUUCGGUUUGGCAUUGGACGAUUUACCACAGAGAAAGAAGUUCAGUACACAGCUGAUAAGUGUGUGGAACAUGUGAAAAGACUAAGGGAAAUGAGUCCUCUGUGGGAAAUGGUCCAAGAAGGCAUUGAUCUGAAGAGUAUCCAGUGGUCACAGCAUUAGCACAUAUAACAAACGUAUUUCCUUGGAGCCAGUUGUACUAUAUUUGUUUAUUGUUUUGAGAAUAAAAUUAAAAUGUAAAUUAUGUAUGUGUGUGUGUGUGUGUGUUUGCGUGUGCGUGUGUGUGUUUGCGUGCGUGCAUGUGUGCAUGCAUUCAUAAAAUGUUUUUGCACAUGCUCACGCACACUCACACUCACGCUCACGCUCUCACACACACACACACACACACACACACACACACACACACACACACACACACACACACACACACACACACACACACACACACACACACACACACUCUCUCUCUCUCUCUCUCUCUCUCUCUCUCUCUCUCUCUCUCUCUCUCUCUCUCUCUCUCUCUCUCUCUUUUUCUUCCUUUCUUUCACAUGCACAUGUAUACACAUCUGCAAGCAUGCACACAUAAACAUGUAGUUACUAUAUAUUUUGAUAUGUUUAAAUACUGUGUUUAUAUAUUUUACCAAGACAUUAAGAAAUCAACAAAUAUACUACAGUAUAAGAUCAUUUGUGAGGAUCACACAGGACUGUAUUCACUUUAGUAUACAUAAUAUAUCUAUUAUCUUUACCAUUAAUUGUUUUACUGUUUAUUGAUUCUACAUUAACCCAUUGGACCCCGAUGCUUCACUGCCAUUACGUGGCCCAAAAUCAGGCAUUAGGAUUACAUGAGAGGCCAGGUAUACAUGAACACUUGUGUGGUGAUAAGUCUCCAUGCCUUCAUUUUGCAGCAUUGUUUUCUCUUUUGCAUUCCUCCCCUUUGCAAUGUUAUUUCUCUUUUUCAGCGUAAACAUUUUUAGUUUUUUUGUCAUUUUUCAAUGCAUAUUUGUAGAUUUGAUUUGAUAUCCAGGUGAUAAAAAACUUAUUUUCCUUGUACAGAUUUCACAUCAUUAGUGCAUAACUCCAUAAGUAAUAUUUUGUUAUUUGUGUCAUUUUUUUUAUAUAAUUUUUGUAAUAUACAAUUUUCUGUAAUACACUGCUGGUCAUGGUGGGUAGGAAUAGGAUCCUGAGCAUGGAAAGAGCUUGCUCUGGAGACAGUGCAUUCCACACUCGUUUUUGGAUGGGAAUAAUGUAAGAGCCCCUUCCUAAAUGUCAAAUAAAUCUAAUCACCCUCCAAGAGCUUUGUGCACACAUGGUGAGUCUUUCCUGUCACCCUGGCUUUCAGCCAAAAUGCUUACAGUGGCAAGUUCAUGUCACCCUGGCCCACAGCCAGAUUUUCCCACAACAGCAUGUUCACAUCACCUGCCUCUCAAGCCAAAAUUUUUCAUGGCAUGAUGGUUGCAUCACCUGGAUCAUAAGGGUUAAUUUAAAUAGCUAAAUUUUUAUAUUGAAUUUUCUGUGUUGACAGCAACCUUGCACUGAUUUGCCUUACAAAGAAAAAUAUACAAAAAAUUGUUACUAUUUUAGUUACUCAGUAUUUUGUUCCAAGGGGUUAUAAAUAUCUAAAUCAUUCUGCAAUAAAAAAGCUAUAUAUUAAUAUGAUUGCUAUUCUAAUACUAUUUAUUGAGUAGUAUAUACACUGUAUAUAACAUCUUUGGUCUUUUGUAAUUUAAAACCUACACCUAUUUUAUUCUUUUGUAUAUUCUUUUAUAAAUGUGUGUGUACUUUAAGUUCAGUCUUUUCUAUAUGCCUGCUAACUUAGUUGUUUGGAAAAAAAAAAAAAAAAAAACUUUUUUUAAACUGAAUUAUACUGCAGUAGGAUACAGUGUAUUUGACAUGUAUUUUCACUAAAGUUUUGAAAAUGUCUAGAUGUCCUAACUUUUUAAAGAACAACCAUUUUAGGUUCAUACAAUAUUAUCUAACAAAAAAAUACUGACAAGAACCAGAAUGACAUACAAACUGAUGGAAAUGUAUGUGGGAAAUAAAUUAUCAAGAGUU